AAGGAAAGCUCGCGAUGCUACGAUCGCGUUCAGGCACUGAGACUAAGGCUUCAGCUGGCAGAUAUGACUAACAUAAAGAUUAUGCUAUCCACUAAGUGGUCGCAUGCCGAUCACUUCAAAAAGGAGCGGAUCGGUUGAGGAACUCUAUGUUAUCUAUAGUACUUAGACAACACAUUCCGGAUUCCUUGGGUAUUACAACAAUCUCGAAACCCCGGAGACUGGAAAAUUGCAACUCCACUGCCGAGGUUUCACGAGUCUAAACAACAACUAUUAACUCCUACCACGCUCCUGUACUGUUUCAUGAGCCGUCAGACUUAGCCCUCAAAAUGGCAUCUGAAGGAGACCACAUCCUCAUAACCGGGGCCGCCGGCUUCAUAGGCCAGGAACUCAUCACUGCCCUCCUUUUAUCAUCACCGUCGAUUCAUCUUACAGCAACAGACACCACGGCCCCUCCAAUUAGGAACCAAGCCCUUUCUCACGUAUCCCGCAUAACGUCACUCCAAACAGACCUCACUUCACCAGAGGCUGUCGCUUCCCUACUUACAAACCGCCCGCGAUUCAGCGCAAUCUACCUUCUUCAUGGCAUCAUGUCCGGAGGCGCGGAAGCAAAUCUUGAAUUGGGUCUUGCCGUAAAUCUCGACAGCCACCGUCUCAUCCUCGACGCCUUGCGCCAAGAAACAUCGCCGCAUCGCAGAACUGUUGUGGUAUUCCCCAGCUCAUUAGCGGUCUACGGCCCCGCUACCCCGGGCCAGAUCAACACCGAGACAACUUGCCCGAUACCCCAGUCCUCAUACGGCGCGCAGAAGCUGAUAAUCGAGACGCUAUUGGGAGAUUACUCACGCCGUGGACUCCUAGACGGACGGAUCGUGCGGCUGCCCACCAUCAUCGUCCGUCCGGGGGCCCCGAGCGCUGCGGCUUCUUCCUUUGCUUCGGGUAUUGUGAGAGAGUCACUCAAGGGCGAGGGAAACAUCUUGCCUGUAAGGUCGGAGCUACCCAUGUGGGUGUGCUCGCCGAAGACGGUGGUCAAGAAUCUUGUGGACGUCAAGGGCAUUCCUCGUGAGAAGUUUGGGAUUUCGAGGGUCCUCAAUUUGCCCGGCAUCACUGUCACUGUGGCAGACAUCCUGAAUGCACUAGAGGCUGUAGGAGGAACAACAGCAAGAAACCUAGUUCGCGAAGAGAGGAGCCCGCAGAUCGAAGCCAUUGUAGGGAGUUGGCCGGCGUAUUUUGAUGUUUCCAAGGCCCUCGGUCUCGGCCUCUCUCAGGAUCGGGACCUGGUAACCACAGUCAAGGACUUCGCAGAGCGCCUUCGGGCUGGUGUUUAGAUAUCUUUCUCCCUGACGUGGGUGGUCAAUCUCAUGACAAUUCAUAGUGAUAUAUCUGAGAAGAUCAUCUAAGAGUACCUUAGACAUCGAAAUAGGACAUAUUGAUAAAGAGGAGAAACGUAGAGAAAGUGUAUCAAACAAGCGUUCUAUCGUAUCUUC